CUUGCGUGAGGUCUCGUGUGCCGAAGGGUUAGCUGGGCAGCAAUUCACACUCACUUGCUGGGGUUCCAAAUUGGGCUUCUGGAGAAAAGGAAUCCUUUUGACUCCGAGCUGCACUGGAUGCGGGGUCCUGACGCAGUGGGCUCCUCGAAACGGACGCCCCAACCAAGUGGGCUCUAAAAUGAGAUCCUUUAGGGCUCCAUGGGGGGCGGGGAUCCCCACUGAGCUGCCCCGCACAAGACUCGGGGGUCCUGACUUCCGGAGCCCCACCGAGGACGGGGUUCCUGGUCUAACGGACCCUGUGGGGCAGGAAAGUCUUGACGGGACCCCGCAGAGGACGGAGGUCCUAACCGAUCCGAUUUCCACGGGGAACAGGGGUUGUGAUUCAUGGGGUCCCACCAGGGCAUAGGGGUCCUCAUUGUGCUCCACCGAAGAUCGGGGUCCUCCUACUUGAGCCAAUGUAGACAAGUCCUGGCUGAUUCGGCCCCCUGGGAACCGGUGCCCCGCAUGAGGGACAGGCCCCCAGAAUGGGUAGCCCCCCCAGCCCCUCUCGCCUUGCACUGGGACCCCGCACCCCUCCUCCCUGGGUGGAACCGGGUCACAAUGGCACGAGGGUCAGCGUCUCGGACGCCCGACCGUCCGGCUCCAUCCGUGGGGCUGGGCGUCCCCACCACCUGUCCCGGGGUGGGCCGUCGCCCCUCCUCUCCUGCGGGGGCCGGGCCUGGGGUGGCGCCUGGAGGGCGGGGGCGGGCCCCAGCUGCGGGGGCGCAGUCGCUGGGCCGCGGGCGGCGGGACGGACGAAGCCGGGGCCCCGGGUGGCACCGGCGGGCGGGCACCAUGGAGCUGCUCUCGGCGCUGAGCCUGGGCGAGCUAGCGCUCAGCUUCUCGCGGGUGCCGCUUUUCCCUGUAUUCGACCUCAGUUACUUCAUCGUCUCCAUCCUCUACCUCAAGUAUGAGCCAGUAGAGAUGAGGGUUCAUCAUGUCUGCCAGGCUGGUCUUGAACUCCUGACCUCAAGUGAUCCACCUGCUCCAGCCUCCCAAAGUGCCAGUAUUACAGGAGCGGUCGAGCUGUCCCGGCGCCACCCGAUGGCAUCCUGGCUGUGUGCCAUGCUGCAUUGCUUCGGGAGCUACAUCCUGGCUGACCUGCUCCUCGGGGAGCCGCUGAUCGAUUACUUCAGCAACAACUCCAGCAUCCUGCUGGCCUCAGCUGUCUGGUACUUGAUUUUCUUCUGCCCCCUGGACCUCUUCUACAAGUGUGUCUGCUUCUUGCCUGUGAAACUCAUCUUCGUGGCCAUGAAGGAGGUGGUGCGAGUCCGCAAGAUCGCGGUGGGCAUCCAUCACGCCCAUCACCACUACCACCAUGGAUGGUUCGUCAUGAUUGCGACUGGGUGGGUCAAAGGUUCUGGUGUUGCCCUCAUGUCCAACUUUGAGCAGCUGCUCCGAGGGGUCUGGAAGCCAGAGACCAAUGAGAUCCUGCAUAUGUCUUUCCCCACCAAGGCCAGCCUGUACGGAGCCAUCCUCUUCACCCUCCAGCAGACCCGCUGGCUCCCAGUGUCCAAAGCCACCCUCAUCUUCAUCUUCACCAUGUUCAUGGUGUCCUGUAAGGUGUUCCUGACCGCCACCCACUCACACAGCUCCCCCUUUGAUGCGCUAGAGGGCUACAUCUGCCCGGUGCUAUUUGGUGCAGCCUGCGGGGCUGAUCAUCACCAGGACAACCACGGUGGGUCCCACGGCAGUGGUGGGCCAGGACCCCAGCAUUCGGCCAUGCCCGCCAAGUCCAAGGAGGAGUUGAGCGAGGGCUCCAGGAAGAAGAAGACCAAGAAAGCAGAUUAGGGGGUGGCCCAAGGAGCAGCAGGGACAGAACCCGGACCCAGGACCCUCUGAGGUGGGGAGCUUCCUGUGCUCACAUCUAUCCUUUCCUGGCCUUGAAUUGUCCAUCUGCAAAUCAGGGUCCUUGGCUCACCCUCCAGGGCUAACGUGGGGGUUGAGAUAUGAAGAUGAGGAUGAAGAACUUUUGUAGAAAUCGGGGUUCCCUCUCUCUGUCUGCCAGGACCCCAGAGAGUCACAGCUUUUGGAGGGGAAUCCUGGCAGCAGCUCUACGCAGAAAGCCUGAUCGGCAGUGAUAUUCUUAGUUCUAUUUUUCCUUCUUUAAAAUUGCAUCUUGGCUGGGCGCGGUGACUCAUGCCUGUAAUCAUAGCUCUUUGGGAAGCUGAGGCGGGUAGAUCACCUGAGGUCAGGAGUUCAAGACCAGCCUGGCCAACAUGGUGAAACCCCAUCUCUACUAAAAAUACAAAAAUUAGCCAGACAUGGUGGUUCAUGCCUGUAAUCCCAGCUACUUGGGAUGCUGAGGCAGGAGAAUCGCUUGAAUCCGGGAGGUGGAGGUUGCAGUGAGCUGAGAUUGCACCACUGCACACCAGCCUGAAUGAUGGAACGAGACCCUGUCUCAAAAAAAAAAGCAUCUUAACUCCUGAAGAACUUCAAGCCAUGUUGAGAUUCAUUCAUUUGAUAGACAUUUUCUAAGUACCUGUGAGCCAGGUGUUGCCAUUUCAAAGUCUCUUCUUUACCCAAGCUCCUCGGUGGCUGAACCUUGCAUGCCCAGCAGUCCCGACUCUUGCUGGGCGUCCCUGGGCAAGUUGCCUUCCUUCUCUGAGCUUUGCGCUCCCCAUCUGUAUAGUGGAGACCCUUGGCCCCCCCUCUGUACGGAAGGGCUGACGUGAAGCUGCAGCUGAAAAACGCUCACAUGCUCCUAAGCCUUGUGCAGUCAGUAGGGGAGACCAGGACAGUUGGAAAUUAUGAUUGCAAAUGGCUUUGCAUUUUAGAUCAUUCGUGUGUGUGGAUCAGAGAAACUGACAAGUUCCCUGGCACAAAGGAAGCCCUCCAUAGACAACCCUAGGGCAGGCUUGAGAGAUCAGAUGGUGUGAAAGGCUUGUGAUCUUUUCAUCUCAGGCGCCCCCAAACCAAGAAAUGGAGCCAGCUGGGUGGGGUUCCAUGAUCCAGCUCUAUCAAGCGGCUCUGAGUGUGCACAGCUGGGACUGGAAGUAUCAGGUCUCCCUCAGGCCAGAGUCCAUUGUCACUCAUUCAGUCAUUCAACAAACAUACAGAUGCUUACCUGCUCUGUGCUCAGCCUUGGGCUGCUGCUGGGUGGGCCAGGAACCUGCUUCGGGGUGAGCGAGGUGGAUAAUAUGAUAGCUGAAGGGUCCUUUCUGACCAUGUCAGCCUAGGUCACCAGGAUGUCUGAGAGGGUUGGGUGCAUGGGAUGGGCAUGGGCAGUCUCGGGUGAGGUUUGGGCUCAGACCAAGUCGGAGUCCCAGAUGUUGCCAGGCUGUUGGAAAAGUGCCUUGUCCCUGUGAUGCCUGGGAGUUGGGUGGGUCCUGGGGAGGUGAGGCCCCAGUUUCAUCCUCUUGCUUGUCCACCACAGCUCGGUGUGGAGGGGCAGCCAAUAAAAUCAUUGUGAAUGAA